CGGCACCAUCCAUGGAACUGUCGUGGCCGCACGGACCCCCGACUUUCACAACAGUGGUGGCAGCGGUAGGAUCGGUCGGCGUUGGCUACAUCGGUGGGGCUGUCCUCGCUACCCUUGCUGCCGUCCUCGCUCUCGCAAGUGCAGGCUACCUCGGAGGCUACGGCGGACUCGGCUACGGCUUGGGUUACGGCGGCUACGGUUUGGGUUACGGCGGCUAUGGCUUGGGUUACGGCGGCUACGGUCUAGGCUACGGCGGCUACGGUCUAGGCUACGGUGGCUACGGUGGCUACGGCGGCUACGGCGGCUACGGCGGCUAUGGUGGCUACGGCGGUUACGGCGGAUAUGGUGGCUAUGGUCUAGGCUAUGGCUACAAGGGUUGAUGACGGAAGAGAGUGACAGAAAGGAUGAAAGUUCAGGUGCUUGCUACGACGUCGCACGAAAAUACCAAGAAUGCCAGUGAGGUUAUGAGAGGGGUAAUAAAGUUGUCGAAAC